AUGGAAUCAAAGGAAAAGGCGCAAAAACUUAUGGCAGAAAGGGAUAAACUCGAUGCUGAGAUUGAAGACAAUCUGAAUGGGUGCACAAUGGAUUCUCCACUCGUUGACCCGGAGGGAUAUCCGUUUAGUCAUAUUGACAUCUGGGCUGUUCGAAAAGCUCGCCACACUAUCAUUUGUCUGAGAGCUUCAGCGGAAUGCUGCAAAGAUCCCACGAUUAUCCAUCGUACUUCGAACGAGCCCUUUUUGAAAGUGAGUGUCACAGCAGUGGAGACUAACUCACCGGCUGCAAAAGGAGGUUUAAAAACUGGUGAUUUGAUCGUACAGUACGGUGACUUACAUGCUGGGAAUUUCAAAGAACCCAAGGAAGUUGCAUUGACGACCAAUAAAUAUGAGGGAAAGAAGCUCUGUGUAACGACGUUACGAAGAGGGCGUGCAGUACGUUUGGAGAUCUAUCCACAGAUUUGGAGUGGUAGUGGUAUUCUCGGGUGUGGUGUAAUUCCAAUGUCCAGAGCUAAUUCUACUUAA